GGAAUGCAUGAUGCCCGACACGAAUGCAUCGAGAGCACAUUGCAAUGUGCGAAAGACAUAACCUUCCCUUCAUCCGACCUUGUUGAAAACACAAAUUCCCCCCAAUCGUCUUCAACCGCACGGUACCAUGGCCAUCUUCUCAGCACCAAAGCACUACACCGAAGCGCUGUGGCACACGUCGCUAGCAACAUUCGGAAUCGCCACCCAGCUCUUCUUCUCGAUGAUCUGGUAUCUCGCCGCCAAGAACCUAACUCACGGCGUUGUGGGAAUCUUCAGCGAUCACCCACGCCACCGCCCGACUGUCGAUCGCCUCAUCACAGGUGUUAUCUUGCUCGUCAUCGCCACGUUGAUCCAUACUUCUCUCCACGACAAAGCUGCCUUGGAUGGAUUUGCUGUUUUCCUUGGAGUCUUUCUGGGGUUGGGGUUGGAUAGGUGAAUGGAGAGUGGAUAGAAGAUGAAUAGAGGGUGUAUUGAUUGAUAUCUGGAUAGGAAUGGAAGAGAUGAAUGGUUCAGAUCAGAUGACGAUUGAAAUGAACGGCAUGGAUUCUGCGAUGACUAGUGAACUCUAUGCCCAUGAGAAAUGUUCCAUAUGCAAGUAAAUAUCUUUACUGCCAUCUCUCAUUGCAGCAAGUUGCUCCCUCGCGACUGCAUUCUGUACGUCGUUUUGCAUACUUAGAGGUCCACAGCAGAACACCCUCAUACUACUCACGCUCUCUGCAGCGGCUUCUCUGAUUAUCGCAGGGAGAUCCGGUCUUGACGCAUGAUCUGUUGGACUCAGCAGAGCUCCGACUUUCUCGGCACCAGAAUCCGAUGAUUUCGACGAAGUCUUGGCAGCAAUGUUGAUCUCAGCAUCAGGUGCCUUCUCAGGUUCAUCUAGAGCUUGUAAGGACCGUGCAGUCUGUUUUGCUGCCAUCUUGUUCUCUUCUUUGCCGGUGAAAUAUAUCUCGACACUGAGUCCGCUCGGGCAGCAGCCAGUCAGGCUUGCAUUGAGGACUCCGCAGAUCGCUUCUUCGAACCAGUCACGUGUUGCAAGAUCACGGGUCGCGAGGAUGACUUUCAUUUCUGGUCCUUCACCAUCGCAAAGAGCCCCCAUUCUCCCACUUUCUGGAUCACAGCCAGCUGAGAGCCAAUCUUUUCUUCGAAGGAACGCUUCGAUUAGUGGUAAAAGCCAGCCUGCUCCGGAGCCUCCUGCCAACGCCAGAGUCUUCUGACUCGAGACGAGUUUGCGCAUGUCGAUACCACCGUAAGGCCCAUCGAGAAGUACGCGCAUGCUGGCGUUUGGGUGCUUCUCGGCAAACUUUGCUAGUCG